UGCUGCGCACAGAGAGUCGGUGCGGAGAGAGAGAGAGAGAGAGAGAGAGAGCGAGAGAGAGGGAGGACAGGGCUGUUAUUACUAGUGACAGAAAACGGCAGCGAGCACAUACAGUCUGGAUAGCAGCUGAUGCGACAAGCGGGAUUGCGGUGUCCUCCAGUCUGAUCCGAUGUCCUCUCUCCGUGCUGUUGUUGUGUGUCCGCAGAUGCUGAGCGUCGCCUUGCUGUGUGUGUGCGCCGUCGCCUUCGGACACGUCUCCGCUCGCUCCGACAGCGGCAAUUUUUUGGAUGAUAAGUGGCUCGCUGGGAGAUGGGAUAAAUUCAGAGAUGAAGUGGAGGAGCCUGGAACAUGGACUCCAUCCAAGCCCUUCGAUCAAGGCCUUGAUCCAGCCAAAGAUCCCUGUCUGAAGAUCAAAUGCAGUCGCCACAAGGUGUGUGUGGCUGAGGAUUAUAAGACUGCCACUUGUGUCAGCCAGAGGAGAGUCAGUUUCAAAGAUGCCAGUUUGUACCAGAGUCCAGGCUCAAAGUGCAAACCAUGCCCUGUGGUUCACCCUUCUCCUGUUUGUGGAACUGAUGGCCACUCCUACUCCACCAAGUGCAAGUUAGAGUACCAGGCAUGCAUCACAGGAAAGAAGAUCGCUGUGAAGUGCUCUGGCAUGUGUCCUUGCCCCUCUCAGCCUGAACAGACCUCAGCAGAGAAGAAAGUGUGCAGUGAGUCGGACCUGAAGGAGGUGGUGAGUCGUCUGAGAGACUGGUUUAGAGUGCUGCACGAGAACGGCAACCACAAGAGAGUCAAGAUCCAGAAGCCAGAGAAGAACAAGUUCGAGGUCGGGGCGUCACCUAUUUGUAAGGACCCUCUGGGCUGGAUGUUCUCCCGGCUGGACACAAACUUUGACGUCCAGCUGGACCAAUCAGAGAUUAAGAGUCUCUACCUGGACAGGAACGAGCCGUGCUCUGACGCCUUUUUCAAAUCCUGCGAUACACGUGCUGACAAAGUUAUAACCAGCUCUGAGUGGUGCACGUGCUUCCAAAGGUACACAGAUUCCCCUUGUAAAGCAGAGCUGUCCAGUAUCAACAAAAAGACAGCAGGGAAGAAACUGCUUGGUCAGUACCUGCCAUCCUGUGAUGAGGAAGGUUACUACAGGUCCCACCAGUGUCACAGCAGCAGCGGCCAGUGCUGGUGUGUGGAUCGCUAUGGCAACGAGGUGGCAGGUUCACGCACCCAUGGCUCUGCAAACUGCGGCGUGAUUUUGGAGUCUUCUGGGGACCUCGGCAGCGGAGACUCGCUGUUCACCGAUGAUGACGAAGAUUCCUUUGUCCUUGAUGACCAGGCUGGGAUGGAUGAUGAGGACGACGAAGAUGAGGAUGAUGAUGACGACAACGACGAAUAUCUGUCGUAAUUUUAAAAAAAAAAAUUACAAAAAAAGAAAAAAGAGAAAACUGUUUGUUUGGUCAAACUGCACGUUUCUAGGUGACUCCCCAGGCAGAUACUUAAUCGUACUAACAGCCUAUGGACUACUCUCUGUGUAUUGUUUGUUCAUACGUUAAAAAAAAAAAGAGAAAAGAAAAAAAAACAAUAUUCCUGGCAAACGUUUAUGAUUUCUUUUCCUCUCUAAGUAAAAAAUAUGAUCAGUUAAUGGCACUCGUUCACUUGUGUGUGUGCCAACCAGAGACCAUGACAAGGACUUAUCGACGACCAGUCCAUUGCUUUGGAUUUGGCCACAUGUGCAAAGACCUCUCCCUUCAUUGGACAGUCCAUGUCUUAUAGUGUGUCCUGUCCUUGUGCAGCACUCUGAUGUCUGAGUGUGUUGAUGCCUGAGGCGCAAUGUUAAAGAGAUUUCCCCCUUCUUGAUUCCUUCGUCCUCUUCCUCUCCUCCCCCCACCCGUUUACUCCUUAUCAAAUGUUCCUGUGUAUAGGUGGGAUGUUGAUGAUGUAGAUAAGAGAAUAUUGCACUCUUUAGGUUUCUUUUGAUCUUGAUUUGUAACUGUGACUGUAACUGUGUGGAAAAACAAGAUAAGAGUUAGACAUGCUUCAUUAGGAGAAUUAAGGCAACAACAACGACAACAACAAAAAAACAGUUUGAGUUGGAUAACAAUCAGAACUGACAUGCUAGCUGUUUUCACAGAGACACAAAUCAAGUCAAAUCAUCUCAAAGGCUCAGCAACAAGGAAAGACAAAUUACUGCUUGGCCGGUGGUGUUAGGGGGGAAAAUAUUAUUAUCUAUUUUUCUAAUCCAUUGUCGGAGGAAUACAGAAGAUGAAACAGAUUUGUCGUAGCAUGUCUAAUCCUGCGUGAUGUUGUUUCAGUCUGUAGAACCAGAGGCGAAACCUUUGUGGAACUCAAAUCAUAAUGGAGCUUGAGGGUGAAAAAUUCCUUCAAGCAUGUACAGAUGAAACUGCACUUGCAUAGUUAUAAACUGCUUGAGCCACAAAGUCUGUGAUUUAAAAAAAAAACAAAAAGUUUACUGACCUUUAAUACGUCAGUGAGCUCAAACAAAACCUCAUCGCAGUUGAUGUUUUAAAUUUAUCAGAUGUGAGUCUUAACGUGAUUUGAGCACACAGCGUAACAGAAUAAAUCUCUUGCACAGUAAUAAAACCACGGAGCCAUGCGGACCUGUUGAAAAUGUCUGGUGGGAGAUAAAGGGUAAGGUGCCUUUUACCGGUAAGGACAAAUGGCGGUGAUAGCGUGAGAAGCAUGCUCACUGGACUGACUUAAGCUCGUCAUUACACUGCAUAAGAGUGGCUUUACUGGCAAGCUCAGAUACUAUUUGGGUUUUGGUAUGGCUUGUGUUUUGGGUCUCUCUUAUGAUGGUGUUAACAUAGGCCAUAUUUCAGAUCUUUUGAUUUGUUACAUAGGAUAGCUAGAAUGUAGAGAAGCACAGAUAUACUUAGCAGUUAAGGCAUAAAAACACACAAACAGAAUCAGCUGGAUUUGAAAAUGUUUUAUAUAUUAGUACACUGGCUAGAGGAAGCUUUGGUUUAGACAGCUUUAUAUAUAAAUUAAAAAAGAAGAUGAUCAUCUUGCAGUGUUUUGCUUUUACUUUGUUUUAAAAGCUUGAUUUGUACCUGAUCUGCUCUAACUACUUAUAGUGUAUAUCUGUCAGGGUUGAAAACUGAAACUGAUCUCAGAUUUGUGGAUUCUUGACAAGUCCCAAGACUGUUUAUUCAGACCUGGGAUUGGCUGGGCUCCUAUGUUAAUUUUAGCUGAUCUCCUGUGUUAAUUUUCAAUUGCUAAUCUGCCUUCGGGCUUCAUUUUAAAUCAAACAUCUGUUGAAAUUCCAUGUUAAGACCUGAAAAGUGCCAUCUAACUGUCCAAUAGUUGUUUUUCUUUUCUGUCUUUGCUCCCCUCAUUCCUUUUAACUUGGAAUUUCAAUUCACUUUAGAAACUGGGAAACAUUUCAGUCUUAAAGUGUGCCGUUUCAUGAGUGUGAUGACAUGCAAAUCGUUUUGAUGACCUCAGACACUGUAGCCACUCUCAACCAAUCACACACUGUCAUCACAGCUUUGAUAGUGUUUAAAGGUUAUGAUACAGAUGCAUUUUUUUACAGUGUAUGUAUGAUUUGCUGAAAUAAAAGCUAUAUUGACCAACG